GUUCAGUUGUUUUUUUACCGUCAAACUUACGCUACUGCUACAACUCUGCUGCUCUCUGUUCGUUCGUUCGCUUGCUUUCUAUUUGAUUUCGUUUUUGUGUUAUUAACAAACUGCUACUGUGUGUGUGUGUACGUGAUUAUUUCGAAAAUAUUCUAAUGAAAAUGCUCGUUAACAACAAAAACUGCAGAUUUAAAGAGAAAGAGCUCUGCGGCAACGGUUUUAACAACAACAACAACAUAAAGACUGUAAGAUUUGAAAAGAGGCUGCAAACGAGUUUUGUUUGUGUUCGCAAAGCGCGCGCAUAAUCUGAUUUUCCAUCAAGGUGAAACUGCAACUGGCAUUGACUGCAUACAAUUUCCCAUAAUUUUACACGAGCUCAGAACAAAAUACUAGCACAAAGUGAAAGAAUUAUAAGCAGCGAAAGACGGUAAAAAUUGGCGGCGGUUUCCAAUACAAAAAUCAAAAUACCAACAAAAAAAAUAGAAAGAAGAAGGCAAGCUGCCACACACAGGCACAGAACAACCAACGUAAAUACUAUAAAAACGCACACACACGUAUGCAUGCUUGUCGUCCAGCGUAGACAAACAAAGAAGCAGACAGUAGUGUGCUCGUUCACACACACUUUGUUUGCAGUUUACGUGGGAGCGAGACGGCAACGAUAGUAGUCAAUAUUGGGAGUGCGAGUGCCAAAUGUCACAUGAAAUUACAACACUGCUGUGAAAGACGAAGGCAACAACAACAACAAAAACAACAACAGUAGCAGUAGCACUAAGCUAUCAAGAAGAAGCAGCAACAUAAACAAAACCAAAACAAGUACAAAACGGGCACCGGCUGCGACCAGCCCCAACUUUCCUUCCCCCUUUCCUUUAAAUGCAAAAAUGCUGCCCAGCAUGCAGACAACAACAACAAACAGACUUCCAAUGGAAACAGAACAGGAUGUUGCCCAUGUGGAGUAUGAUGUUAUAAAUUACUAUACAGAUGCGAGUCCAAAUGUGAAUCCCGACACAGCAACAGCAGCAGUGGCUUCAAUGUCUGAACAGCGCUGCUCCCGAGCGAGCAACAAUAACAACACAAUGCUUGAUGUUGUUGUUCACUCAAGAUCAGCGUGCGACAAUUUCAAACAUGAGGAUCCACUGGCCACGCCCAUAACAGAAACUACGAAUAACAGCAGCAGUUGCUCUGCAGCGACACCGAUGCGCACCAAAGGUAGCGGUAAUGUCAACAGCAGGCAACGAAGCAAAGAGAGAACUGCCGCCAGUUCCACACCUACAUUGGGCGUCAAUAUGCGUGUGACCGGUCAGUGCAGCCAGGGCGGUCGCAAAUAUAUGGAGGAUCAAUUCUCUGUGGCAUAUCAAGAGUCUCCGCUAACACACGAGCUAGAAUACGCAUUCUUUGGCAUCUAUGACGGCCACGGCGGUACCGAGGCAGCACUUUAUGCCAAGGAGCAUCUCAUGCUGGAGAUUGUGAAGCAGAAGCUAUUCUGGUCCGAUAACGAUGAGGAUGUGCUGCGUGCGAUACGUGAAGGUUACAUUGGUACACACUUUGCCAUGUGGCGAGAGCAAGAAAAGUGGCCACGUACAGCUAAUGGACAUCUUAGCACCGCCGGCACCACAGCGACGGUCGCCUUUAUGCGCCGUGAAAAGAUUUACAUUGGACAUGUCGGCGAUUCGGGCAUUGUGCUCGGCUAUCAGAAUCCGGGUGAGCGCCGCUGGCGCGCCAAACAAUUGACAACGGAUCACAAGCCCGAAUCACAGGCAGAGAAGGCGCGCAUUCAGCGCUCCGGCGGCCAGGUGGCCAUCAAGUCAGGUGUGCCGCGAGUCGUUUGGAAUCGUCCGCGCGAUCCAAUGCAUCGUGGACCCAUCAAGCGACGCACCCUCGUCGAUGAUAUACCCUUUCUGGCUGUGGCACGUUCGCUGGGCGAUCUAUGGAGCUACAAUUCGCGCUGCAAGGAAUUUGUCGUUAGCCCCGAUCCGGAUGUUAAAGUGGUCAAAAUUGAUCCCAAUACGUUCAGAUGUCUCAUCUUCGGCACGGAUGGCCUUUGGAACGUUGUUAACCCGCAGGAGGCAGUGGACUCGGUGCAGGAGAAACAUCUCAUUGGCGAGUGUCUGCACGAGCAGGACGUAAUGAAUCCUAGCAAGGCGCUGGUCGACAAGGCCCUCAAGACCUGGGCCAACAAAAAGAUGCGCGCGGACAACACGUCCGUUGUAACUGUGAUACUGACGCCCGCAUCUGCUGCAGCAACAACGGCAGCGGCGCCAACGAAUACGGCCGAGCUGGAACCAAUGGAUGCGGAGAACAAAUAUCCUGGCAGCUUGGCAGCUCAAUUGGAGGAGCAGGAGGAACUCGACUUGGAGCUGUGCGGCCACAUUGAGGAGCAGGAAUACUUCCAUGACACGCCCUACAGUGCCUUGGCCAAGCGGCACUUGCCGCCGGAGCCGUAUCGCAAUUUUGACUAUUACAUUGAGGAGGAGUUGCUGGAGGAGGUGGUCGAGGAGGAGCAGGAAGAGGAAGACGACGAGGAGCAAGAGCAAGAGCCAGAGCCAGAGCCAGAGCCAGAGCAAGAAGUCGACGAGGAUGUAGUGCAGCAUAGCAAAUAUUGGCGCAAAUCCCUGCAGCAAUCGAUCUCCAGCUGGCAGCAAACAACUUCUUUAAUACGUCAUCGCCGCCAAGAGGUGGACGAGGAUUUGUUGAGAGAGAUUCUGCAGCCGCAGCAGGAACACGAUCAGGAGCUAUAUGGCAACAGCAACAGCAACAGCAACAGCAAAAGCAACAGCAACAACAGCAACAGCAGCUGUGAGAUGGAGCUGGAGCAUAGCUACGAUAGCUACGUUAGCAACACAUCCGUCAAUGCCAGCAGCACGGAGUACAGCUUUGCCGAGUCUUACAACACAUUGCUCAAUGAACAGCAGCAGCAGCAGGAACAGCAUCAACCAGCGGAUCAGCAACAGCAGCAACAGCAACAACAACAACAGCAACAGCAUAAUCAACAGCAGCAGCAGCAACAAAGCAGCAUGCAGGAGAUAUUGCAGGAGCAGCAGCGCUACCAGCAACAGGAGGGCUAUUCGCUGACACAGCUGGAGACGCGACGCGAGCAACAGCAGCAGCAGCAGCAACAACAACAACAACAACAACAGCAGCAGCAGCAGCAGGAGGCGGCGGUGAGUGCACAUAGCAACAGGUGGCAGCAACAGCAGCAGACGCAACAGCAACACGAAGCGAGCUAUGUGGAGCAGCCAGCGGAGCUGCUAGCGCUUAAUGCGCUGCUGCAGCAGGAGCGCGAUGAGGAGCAGCAGGUGGCAUUGGAGCGCGAGCAGCAGCAGCAACAGCAGCAGCAGCAGCAACAGCAACUGUUGCUUGUUGAGGCCAGCUCUAGUUCCAAUUCCAACUGCAGUUCCUCCAGUUGUUCCUCGUUCGCCUAUGCAUCGCCUUGGCGUGAACCGAACUUGGCCACGUUGCAGGACAACGAAGUGAGCUCCACGCUGCCAGCCACGCCCACGCCGACGCCCACGACUGUAAGCGAGAAGGAGGCGAAUGUUGUGGUCGUGGCUGCAAGUGAGCAACAGCUACCCGCUGUCGCACAGCAGCAACAAUUGCCGCCGGCAACACAACAGCAGCAACAGUUGGCAGCAGUGCAGCCGCGCAUACGCCGACCUCUGCGUCGCUAUCGCAACGUGCCCAAUGAGAAUCAUCAACAUUUGCAAACGCGUCGUCGACAGCUGUUCAAGCACAGCAAAAGCAAAUCAUUUAUUGCCGCCAGCGCAACAGCAAUUGUUGCCUACAACACCAGCAAUAGCAGUAGCAACAGCAGUGUCAGCAUUAAGAGUAACAUUAGCAGCAAUAGCAACAGCAGCAGCGGCGGCGGCGGAGGCGGAGGCGGAGGAGGAGGUGGCGGUGUGAACAUUAGUCACAGCAGUCGACGUCGCAGCGUCAACAGCGGCAGCAGCGUCAUGAUGACGCGUCGCAGUCACAGCCUCAGCCUGGCCGGCGGCGCUGUUAGCAAGCGGCAGCUGCGCAGCACCAUCUGCCAGCUGAGUAGCCUGGACAUGACAAAGCGAACGCUGCGCAGCAGCAACAGCAGUAGCAGCAAUAGCAACAGCAACAAUAAUAGCAACAGCAACAGGCAAACUAACAACAAAUCCAGUCACACUUUCAACAAGCCGGCAACGCCAACAACAGCAACAACAACAGCCGCAACAGGAGCGAGCGCAGCGUCAGGCGGCAGCUCGCGACGUAUGCGUCGCAGCAAUGAGGAGCGCGAGCAGCGGCGCAGUCAGCGACGCAGCACGCUAAGCGCCAGUCAGGUGGGCAGCGGCAGCAGCAUCAGCAUCAACGCUGGCAGCGGCAGCAGUCAGUUUAGCAAGCCGACGCGACUGCAGUCCUGCAACGGUGGCAUUGCAGCGCGGCCGCCACCGUCGCCAAAGAAGUUGAAUGCAGUCGUGCCGACGCUUGCGAUUGGCACGCGCGCCUACACGGCGGCGCUGGCGGCGGCAGCAGCUGAUCUGACCAAACGUUGGUCGCUGCGCAGCAGCAGCAGCAGCAGCACUAGCAGCGCCAGAAGCCUUAACAGCAACAGUCUGAACAAUAACAGUGCGAUGGCAACGCUAGUAACAGCCAUCAGCUGUUACAGUGCGCGUAACCGGACAGCCGUUGCAGCAGCAGCGGCAGCAGCAACAACAACGGCGAGACGGCGAAAUCAAUGUUAGGUUGAGUUAACAGUGGAGUAAGAGAGGGAAGAACAAAAUGGCAGUGUGAGUGGUGCUGCCAACGCGUUUCAAAAUUUCAAGUACAAAUGCUAUUAAAGAAAAGGGAAACCUAAUUAAUUAGUUAGACGAAGUGACAAAGUGAAUGUAAUUGGUUAAUUGGAUGUUAUUUUGUAACAAAACAAAAUUGUAGGUGCACAUACGCAAUCGUGCGUUGUACAUAACAAAACAAAAAGAGAAACAGAACAAAAAGAAAAAGUAGAAAAAAAUCAC